AGUAUAGAGAUGGUCCUCCUUCUCUCUACACUCCACAAUACAAAUUCGACAUAAAAGAAAAGACUUAUUUAACCAGUUGCUACGUCAUCUUUAACAAUAUUUGCAUCGAUUACUUAAAUUUCGAUUAUUCUUGUCUUAUUAUUCUAUCUUAUUAUUAAGAGCUUAUAUCUUAUUAUUAAGAGCUGGUGUUUCACAUGUUGUCCCAUAUAAAUUUGAUCGAGGUCAGACCAAUAGUUUUUGAGUUAUCCUUAAUUAUUUAUAUUGAAGUCGGUUGUAAAAAUUUUUAAUUUUUAAUUAUUAUCGUAGUUAGUCUGGUAUGAUAUCCCCUUUAAAAUCAUAACUCAAGAGUUGCGGGUUGUUAUUUUAUGUGUCUCACUACCAAUGCUUUUCUAAUAUUUACUAAUAAUAAAAAAAAGUAGUAAAUUACUAUUAGCGUCCUUUCAACUUCAAAUGACCUUUCCAAAAUAUGUAAAAAUGUUAAAUGAAUGGCGGUUUUUAUAUUUAUUACGUUGGAAAGACGCAAAAUGGUUAUAUGCGUCUUUCAUUCGAUGUUUUUAUGUGGCCAGGUGUAUUUUUUUAAGCUAAAAUGAAAAAGAAAAUUCGUUUUAUUUAAAUAAAUAAACAAAUUAUCAAAAAAAUAAGUUCGUCUUUAAAAUCUUCAAGUCUCUACGUAUUUCAAUUUUCAUAUUGAUACCUUUUAAUAUACUUUAGACACAGCAGGGUCUGAAAGAAAAAUUCAUCUAUUUAUUUUUUAUUUCGAUUUUACGUUUUUGUUAGUUGCGUCCUUCUUUAUUAUGACGGCAGAAUGCCUAACCCUGUCGCCUCACGCUUGUGACGCAGUAGGUUUCAGCCUUGGCGGGGUUCGUUCGUUUUAGUUUUUGAGACAGUUCCGUGUUGAUUUUGUACACGCGUGCGCGAGCGAUAGUUCAAUCGUUUUGUUUAAUAAAUUUACUUGUGAUUACGUGUUGAUAUUAUUGUUGUUGUUACGUUUUUGGACUCUUUUUUGUUUUAAUAAUGCCUAACGCGUACGAUUAUAGUGCUCAACAUGUUAGGUAUCCGAACCUAGGUACACGAAGUAUCGCUAAAUUGUUAAGGCGUCGGGAUAGAACAAGUGUAUCAUACUGUACAGUUCACAAAGUGUUAAAGCGUAACCGACUGCGCCCAUAUAAAGUGUACAAAGUGCAAGCGUUAGUUACCGGCGAUCACGACCGCCGGCGAAUCUUCUGCCGUUGGUUAUUAGACCAACAACAACGUGUGCCUGGUUUCAUUGAGCACGUCAUCUGGACGGACGAGUCGACAUUUACCAGAAACGGCCUGUGGAACCGAAGAAAUACACACGUGUAUUCAGAGGUUAACCCGCACGCUGUUCGACAAACCGGGCACCAAACCCGAUGGUCGGUUAACGUAUGGGCAGGUUUAUUUAAGAAUCGCAUACUAGGACCAGUGUUUCUGCCACAGCGACUUAACGGACAGCGAUACCUGAAAUUCAUAAAUGAACAGUUGGUGGACAUUUUAGACAACCUAUCGUUGGCUGAAUAUCACCGCACAUGGCUCCAGCAUGAUGGUGCCCCUCCACAUGUCGUGAGGUUAGUCCGUGAGCGCCUCAAUGAGCUAUUUGAUGAUCGCUGGAUCGGCAGACUAGGACCACACGCUUGGCCACCUCGCUCACCAGAUCUGAUCCCGUUAGACUUCUUUCUGUGGGGGUAUGUGAAAGAAAGGGUUUUUAAUCGUGAGUGUGAUAGUGCUGACGAAACUACAAAAGGAUCGUGGAUGUUUUCGACAAAUUACAUACGGACUGUGUCGAAGACUACACGAUGAUGCCCCGCCUGCAUGAGGAGAUGCAACACCGAGCCCAAAUCUGCCUUGAAAUGAAUGGAGCACAAUUUGAGCCGCAUCUCAUAAGACCACGGAGGAUUUCGAGCGGUAAGCUGUUUCAUAAGUAUUUUUUUUAAAUAACUUAGUACUGGACUAAUCUGAAUAGGUACAUAACUGAAUACAUGAGAAUAAUAAACAUACCUACACGAUGAAUAAAAACGCAUGACUCCAAUCUUGGUUACAUUUCAUUAAUUUAAGUAUUUUUUCAUUAGCGGGGAAUCGAACCAGUUAUUUGGGUUAUUUAACCUGUAAAUUCGUAUUAAAGUGGCUACGUGGAGACAAGUACAGUGGCAAAAUAGUAGGUUAAGUAGAUAAGUUAGGUAUUUAGACAAGUGUUGUAAAUUAUUAGGUAAUGUGGUAUGGCCCGCUAGUUGCGGGCCGCUCGAAUUUGCGUUCGCGCGUACAUUGACCUCAAAUCAGCUGAUAUCAAUUCAGUAAUUCCACUGCUGGUUUUAUGUUUCAGUAUUUUCAUGAUUUUUUUUUAUGAAAUUAUCGUUUCAUUUAGCUGUACUAACAUGAUAGCGCGUGAAUAAAGCUAAUAAAACGUUGUAAAAAGAUGAUUUUUUUUUCAUCAGGAUCGAAUUUAUGUGUUACCCAUGAUCAAAGAUAUACUUGGUGCUGUCGCCUGUCUUAGUUUUCGGGAGCGUUCCAAAAAUACCCUGUAUAUGCCAAAUUUCAAGUCAGUCGAGCGUAUAGUUUUGGAGAUCUCGUGAUUAGUGAGCAAGUCAGUGGUAUUUCGCAUAUAUAGAUAUGUAUAAGUUAGUUAUACAUUAAACAGUUAGUAAUCCCGAUAAAGAGAAAAAAUGUGUGCGUGUGCGUGUGCGCUACAGCGAGCCGCUACGCGCGCACUACGCCGCCGUAGACGCGGCCUCUACGCCGCUACACAUAUCCUGCUACGGCAUCGGAAUCACCAGGAGGGUUCGAAGGAGUGGGCAGUCCACGGUUGGGAAGAGGUGCAAGGUUUGGGUGAGGAGUUGGAGAACGAGGCCGGUCUAUAUUCAGAGGUAGUACUGGAUGAUCGACACACCCACACCAUUGGCAGAAGGAUGAAGGCUGCUGACAGAAUGGGUUACCCCAUAAUUGUAGUUUGCGGGCGAUCUACCACAGAGCAGCCGCCUUGGUAUGAACUGUACCGAAGCAAACGCGUGGGAUACUCUGCGCCUGUGCUGCAGACUCGAGCUGAACUUCUGGCCACCCUGGCCACCAAGGCCAAUGUAACCAAAGUGGACGUAAACCCUAAAGAAAUCUGAGCUGCUGAAUCGAGUUGAACUUAUGGCCACAGUGGCCAAAGUGGCCACAGUGUCAAACGAUAACGAUGAAACUUGUUAGUAACUUAUAACAGUGAUAAAAUUUUGCAAAUAUAAUAUUUGGUAUGUGGCCACUAUGGCCAUAAGACAUUAUUGUGUAGUGGUAAUAGAAGGUUAGGUGAAAUUAGUUAUUAAGUUAUAAAUAAACGUCAAUUGUUAAAUAAUUU